CGGACCAUUAAAUCCAUCUGUGUGUUGGGCUGGAGAACAGUAGCAAGCAGUAGCAACAGCUCUGUAUGAGGUCUCUACCCGGUGUCUGUCAUUACAAACUGUGAGUAGCUAAUAAAAGCUGCGCGCGCUCCGCAUCUCUGCUCAAUCCAGCCCUUUUCACUCAAGGCAUUCUCUGUGCGCACUUUACCAUGUAGCCAGAGCCACAUAGUCGUGGCACCUACAGUUAUUUAUUUUCUUGCGUAGACUUAUUUUCAAUGGUCUCGCUCUUUUUUUACAACUUAUUUCAGCAUGAUGGCAAAUUAUCAAAGGUUGGUUAUUUUCAAAGGUGAAUUCAAACGACAGAGAGCUGUCAAACCUCGUUUCGGCUGAACGUAUUGGAGAGUUGUUUGAGAAGGUUUCAUGGUGGGAAAUGAAGACCCAGUGAACUCAGACAAACGGAAUAAAGUUUUACAUUGGAUGAUAUUUUAUCGAUUUUAAAGGUGGGAUGUCAUAGUCAAAGCUCCUUGGAUAUCUGAGAGACAUUGAGGAACCAGAGCCGCCAUGGACUCCUGGGUGUUCCCCUCCUCGCUCCCCAACAUAACCGAAGAACCCCUGAUGUACGACAGCUUUAUUCUGGUCAACGAGUCAACGGAACCCAAUGGUACCUAUACUGGUGACAACACGUUCAACCAGACCAGCACCAUGGUCAUCACCUUCCUCUACUUCCUGGUGUGUGGUAUCGGUCUCUGCGGCAAUGCCCUGGUGAUCUACGUCAUCCUGCGCUACGCCAAGAUGAAGACGGUCACGAAUAUUUACAUCAUGAAUUUGGCGGUUGCAGAUGUUCUGUUCAUGUUGGGGUUACCGUUCAUCGCCAUUCAGCUGGCGCUGGUCCACUGGCCGUUUGGUGCGGUGCUGUGCCGCGUGGUCAUGACAGUGGACUCACUCAACCAGUUCACCUCCAUCUUCUGCCUUAUGGUCAUGAGCAUCGACCGCUACCUGGCCGUGGUGCACCCCAUCCGGUCCACCAAGUGGCGUAAACCACGUAUGGCCAAGACCAUCAACCUGGCGGUGUGGGGGGUGUCGCUCCUGGUCAACCUGCCCAUCAUUAUCUACAGCGGUUUAAUCACCAAGCACAAUAGUUGCUUCUGUACCAUCGUGUGGCCAGAGCCCGAGGAGGCCUACUACACCGCCUUCAUGUUCUACACCUUCGUCCUGGGUUUCUUCCUCCCGCUCAUGGUCAUCUGCCUGUGUUACCUUCUCAUCAUCAUCAAGGUGAAGUCCUCAGGGAUCCGUGUCGGGUCCACUAAGAGGAAGCGCUCGGAGAGGAAGGUGACCCGCAUGGUGUCCAUCGUGGUUGCCGUGUUCGUCUUCUGCUGGCUGCCCUUCUAUGUCUUCAAUGUGACUUCGGUGACAGGAACCAUCUCCACCACGCCCUUCCUGAGGAGCACCUUUGCCUUCGUGGUGGUCCUGGGUUACGCCAACUCGUGUGCCAACCCCAUCCUUUACGCGUUCCUGUCAGAGAACUUCAAGAAGAGCUUCCAGAACGUUCUGUGUCGGAAGAAGGUGGGCGGGCUGGAUGUGAUUGAGCGCAGCGAUAGCAAGCAGGACAAGUCUCGUAUGAUGAAUGACCCCACGGAGACUCAAAGCACGCUGCUCAAUGGAGACCUGCAGACCAGCAUUUGAUGUUUGUUUACACUAACACAUCCCCUUAUGUGUGAUCUAUACAGACAUCUUUGAUUUCACAUCAAAGCUCCCUCACAAGCUCAUCACACACAAACAAAAACACAAACAAAACACAUGCAUGCACACAAACGCACAGAAACAAACACACAUGUUUCUGCAGAUGGAAUUGAUCAUCCUGACCUGUUAUCAUGCCCUAUGAACAACUCAUGUAGGGAGAGUGAUUGUAGUUGAUCUCAUAGUGUGAUAUUCUGUAAGCAUUCUCUUCCCCCGUGGAUGAGGUGAAAAAAGGCCAAAGGAACUAAGCCCUCAUGGUGUCUGCUCCUCAACGGCUGUUAUCACCCUCUUCAUGUCUCAUAUUUCUGUUUACAACCUCUCUCUUUACUUUCUAAAAAGACAUACAAUGAUAUGACAGUGGGUUUUCCUGGUGGUAAAACCCAUCAAUUGUAAUAUAGUCAUAAAGGAGAUAAUACUAGCUGUAGCUGUGACUUUGCUCUCUGUUUGGGUGGAAAGCUGAAGACGAGUACUGAGUGUAUUGACACUGGGAAGGAGUGGACAGUGACAGGAUCACAUGAGGACCAGAACAGGGUUGUGUUCAUUAGGCCCCAAAAGGAAGAAAGGGACUGAAACCGGGAAGUGCUACCUGAACUUGUCCAAUAAGAAACAUUUGUUUUCUGCUGCAGAACAUUUUGCCAUGUUGUGUCCUGAUUAAUAAGUCCCAGACCGUUACUUACAGUUACUGAUUGACAUCAGAUGAGACUUAACCAUGGAAAUCAAGGAUUCCCUUUACAUACGUUUACACUAGCAGGGUGAACCUCCAUCUUUGUCUUUGUCACGUUGUCCUGUAGCCGAGUAAACACCAGACUAGGACGUAAGAAGUAUGCCAAAGUGAGACUAGGACUAUAGCAGACUCACCGUGUGCAAAUUGUCUGUUUACAAAGAUUGUGUGUCCAAAAUGGUGGGCUCUGCAGAAUGUGGAUUUAGUAACAUGCCUCUAUGCUCAGAUACUGUAUUACUUAACACAACCGUGAGCAGAAGACCACAUCACCUCUGGAUCACUACACCAAGGUGUGGUUCGGUUGUCUAAUUACUUUCUACAGAGAGAGGAGGAACAGUAGAGAUGUUGGGACUACUUUGAAAUGAUAUAAAAACACAUGAUAUCCCACAUGGCUAAGUCGCUGGCACAAGUCCUGCUGAGACUGCUGCUGUCCAAAUAUGGACACCGUAAAGUCGGUUUAACAUUAUGGUUGACCUUAGUGCUUCUUUUUUUAGGCUCAGCAAGACACAUUUGCUGUGGAAAAAUAGUCAGCAGUGAGUCAUGGACCUACAGCUGAACAGAGUUACAGAGUUGGAAUCACACGACCUACUGAAUGAUGAGUGACUGUAUGAAGUCUCCCAAUAACUGUGAAUGCACCCUCACUGUAUAAUUGAACCGUUUCUCUCUCUCUCUCUCUCUCUCUCUCUCUCUCUCUCUCUCUCUCUCUCUCUCUCUGUGUGUGUGUGUGUAUGUGUACGUGAGAGAGAGAGAGAGUGAGUGUGUGUGUACUGUCCACAGUGUUUUAUUUGAUACAGCAUUCAGUCCAAGGCCAUGAUUAGAAGAAGUAUGGGAACCAAGUGACCUCAUCUGGAGAAACUCAGGGCCCAAAUUAUUAUUCUAGCCCAGAGUGUUUCUUUGUCAGGUCACAUAAUCAGGAAAAGCGUAGAGUUUUACUACAGAGAUGAAUGCUGAAAUGUUGUUAUAUUGAUGGCAUUAGCAUGGCAUCGACCAAAGCUAAUCACUAACCAAACCGCUGCUAGACUGUAUAGACUCAAUGUGUGCCGUAAUUGUCAAGUCAACAUUGUCGUGUCGUGGUUGAGAAUAAUUUAAUAAAUGUUUCAUCCAAGCUGAAUAGAACUGUUUGAUAGUUUAGAUAGCAAAGACAAUGCAUUUUUCAAUCACUAUUCUCCAGUCCUAUUUUAAACCAUCCCUUGUCAUGUUUCACGUCAUCCAUAAACUGUUGCUAUUAUGUACAGAAUAAUGUCCAAGAAAGACCCGUCUUUGCUUCAGCUGGUAUUGAAUACUGUAGUGGUCUUCAUUGCUGUAAAUUAAGCAGCUCUAAUCUGUUUAUCAAUCAAGCAACAUUGCUUCAAAGCCCAAAGAAGAAAUCCAGUUUGAUCAGUUACAAUUCAAAAUGGCAGACUUCAAAAACACUGCAGGUCAUGCUACAAACACCGAUAAAGCUCUACCGCAUCAUGGAUUCAUUUAUAGUUUGGCAGCUGUUUGACCUGCAUUUGACCCAAGUUUUAUAGCUGGUCUUCAGGCUUGCUGAGUCAUGUCGUGUUUGAGAUGCUGAGCUCAUCCCAGGCUACCUAGGGCAGGACAAUCACCCACAUACCCCAUACUCUUUCUGAGAGGUCAACUCUGGCACGCUGGCAUAUGGAGCAUUCCCACUGGGCACAUACUGGUUCAAAUCACGUUGUUUCCAUGUCAUUUCAAUGAAAUGACAUGGAAGCAACGUGGAAUAGACGUUGAAUUGAUGUCUGUGCCCAGUGGGUUGUCACAGAGUUAGAAAAGCUAGGGGAUGCAUUUGGGACAAAAGACUGAUGCCAUGCAACAUUUUAAAGUAGUCAACUGGCUAUGGGUUAAAGAGGGACCAGAGAGUUCCAUCCAGGUAAGUAGGAGGGAUCAUACAAUGAAUCAUAUACUCCUGAGCAAACAUUCCAGCACUGCAGAUAACAGAAAAUCAUCAACAUUGGCUUUAUGACCAUUCAAAACACAAACAGUGAAAAUUGACUUUUGAAAUGGGGAUAGCAGUCAAUUAACGACACUGCCCAAUGCCUAUACGGUCACAGAAGCGAUCAAUGGCAAGGAUAGGAUAUGCACCAUCUAGCUUUUUAAACUCUGUGAGCAAUGUGCCCUCGCUUUGGGAGGUCAGAGGUCACGCUGAGGCAUCCAGUCUGAGCAAUGUGAAUUUGAGAAGGGCUAGAACACAUCGUACCCUCAAAGGGGUGCAGGUGUGUUCCUUCUACACCCCAUUAUCAUCAUCACUCCCUUCCCCUACUCUCUAAAUCUCACAGGUAUAACCUGUGGAUCUAUGCCCUAUACAGUAGUGUGUAGAGUGUACUAUACUGUAGAUCUAGCUUAAACAGUCAGUACACAUCCUUCUCGUCUUGCAUAAAGGGUCACCUGACCCGAAGUUAGUCACAGACAUGCUGCCCAAUUUGUCUUAGUUUGUCCCCUGUUCAGGCUCUGGCGCCACACUCCUGUGUGUGUGUGUGUGUGUGUUUUGUGGCCAUACAGUGCCUUGCAAAA